AUGCAAAUGGCUCUUGCAAUGACAGAUAGUCUCCUCAAGGGACGGCAAAUAAAGGUGCAUUCUUUUGCAUACAAUGCUACUGAAAAACGAACCAAUCGCCCUGGAAUUUCAACCACCAAUCGUCCUCCACGUGGGCGCGGCUAUCGUGGCCGGGGAGGUUUUGGAGGUGCUCCUCCAGGUUACAUUAUUAAAUACGUUCCUGUGGGCGGCUACCGCCCUCGUGGAGCGCGCGGUCUCCGGUAA